CGGAGGAGCUGUUUGAAGAGUGGGACGGAGAGGGAGCUAGAGUCUCUUCUCCAGCUCCAGCUGCCAUCCUACUCCUGCUCCUCCCCCUCGUCCUCCUCCUUCUCCUCCUCCUCCUCCUCCUCCUCCUCCUCGACCAGAACCACUUCUCUUUCUCAUCACAUCCAGAGGACUUUGGAGAUGUGACGAAUAGGAAGAGACUGGUGAUAUUGAGCAGCCUGUGCAUUGACACGACCUCUUGACCUCAUCUUCAGCAUGAAUGGUGACAUGCCUCAUGUUCCCAUCACUACUCUUGCUGGAAUUGCUAGCCUAACAGACUUGUUGAACCAGCUGCCUUUGCCUUCUCCUCUCCCUGCCACCACUGCUAAGAGCCUGCUCUACAAUGGGAGGAUCUCCGAAGAGGUCAGCAGCCUCCUGGUGUGUCACGAUGAGAAUUUGGUGACUCAGCUGGCGCACAGCCUUAACCAGGUCUCCACCGAACACAUAGAGUUGAAGGACAACUUGGGGAACGAUGAACCCGAGGGUGACAUGCCAAUGCUUUUACAAACUCUGCUGUCCAGGGACCCCAAAAUCUUCAGGGACAAAAGUGUAAUGCAGCAGCCAGUGAUGCAACAGUAUAAGAUAUCUCAGAAUCAGGUCCAUGGGAGUCCAGCAUCAAAUUAUCAGCAAACCUCUGUCCCUCAAAGCCCCUCUGGGUGCUUUACAUCCCCGCAGUCUGCGUCAGGUACUCGAUAUGUACCCCAGCAGAACAGCCCAAUACCUAGUCCCUAUACCCCUCAGAGUCCUGCAGACUACAUGCAGUACAAUCCACCCACUUAUUCUCAACACCAACAGCAAGUUGGUAGUGGUGUGAGAAAUAUCCAUGACAGCAAAGUCUCUGGACAGCUAUCGAGUAAUUCAUCUAAUCAUAACGCGAGGCUAGGCUCAGAUGAACACUACAUAAACGUGGCUCACAGACUGGGAAAUGAGGAGAAUGACUCCUCGAUGAAGGCAGCUGCAUAUUCAGUUAAAUCACCACAUUCCGAGUGUUCCCCUUCUGGGGGUGAAGAGACUGCAAGAGUAGGGUCCAGGCCUCCCCUCAUCAUGCAGUCACCUCCACCUGAUGUGUCACGAAGCGCGGCACCCCUCCUUACCUCAGCUGACCGAAAAAAGAAACACAAGGAUAGGAGUAAAGAAGAAAGCGAACAGAUAGACCAGCAUGCCUUGUAUGACAUAGUUAGUUCUCCAUCAAAAGACUCUGCCAAGCUGACAUUAAAACUCUCCCGGGUGAAGAUGGAUCAGUCACAGGAGCUGCCCCCCGGUGCACACAUGGACUCGGACCAUGAAACGGUCAUGAUGAAUAAUAACGAUAAUCAGUUGUCGAGGACUGCUCAGGACUUUUCUCACAAGUUAGGAGCUGAGGAACAGACAAACUGUCAGCAGGUCGGUGUUCAGCCAAACAGUGGGGUCGUGUUCGACGACGCCGAGAUAGACGCCAUUGCAGAGAUCGAGAGAAUAGAACGCGAGUCAGCCAGUGAGAGAGAGCGAUGGUCUAAAGAAGUCCAGGAUAAAGACAAGCCGCUGAAGAAACGAAAGCAAGACUCGUAUCCUCAGGAACCCGGAGCCGAGUCGACCGAGGGACCUACUGUACACAGUGUCAGCAAGCUGACACCCAAGAAGACGAAUGCUCCAAGUAACGGUGCCAGUCGGCCUGCUUUGAUGGUCAGUAUUGAUCUACAGCAAGCGGGGAGAAUAAUACGACAGCCUGUAGUGGUCCUGGAUGCACAGCCGUUGUGUGAGGGUCAGCUACACUGUCCGAAGCCAAACGCAGACGGAAAGGUGAAUAAAGUCGUCGAAAACAGGCCUGGGAUCAUCAAACAGCACGGCGACACCACAGAGAAGUCUGGCUCGGACGGCCAACCGGAAGAACCCAAACAGAAGCAGGAAAGCCGGCGUGAAUCAAAACACAAGCAUGACAGCAAAGGUGACAGCGGUAGGGGACACGCGGACGACAGACAGCCAGAAACUCCCCGGAAACACGACAAACAUUCAGACUCGCGCCACAGAGAGGAAAAGAACCACAACAACAGUGUCAGCGGACUUGAGACUCCAAAAACCAAGAGCAAGGGCGAACGUAACUCCGGACAUGGAGAAGACAAAGGCAGGGAUAGAGAAAGGGAUAAGAACACGGACAGGCAGAGAGACAGAGACAAACACAGAGACAAAGACAGAAACAAAGACAGGGACAAAGAUAGAGAGAGAAUUAAAGAAAGAGAUAAAGAUAGAGAAAAGGAUAAAGACAGAGAAAAAGUUAGAGAAAAGGAUAACGAUAGAGAAAAGGGUAAAGACAGAGAAAAAGUUAGAGAAAAAGAUAACGAUAGAGAAAAAGAUAAAGACAGAGAAAAAGAUAGAGACAAAGAUAAAGACAAAGAAAGAGAAAAGGAUAGAGACAAAGUUAGAGACCGGGAGAAAGGCAAAGAUCGAGAUAAAGACAGGGAGAGGAAACACAAAUUGUCGAGAGAAAACUGCAACAGAAGCUCGCCUGACCGCGAUCCCAAACAUGACAGCCCAAGAACGAAGCAAGAUGGAAGCAGAAAGUCGGCUGACCUCAAUGGCCGACAAAAGACCGGCAGCUCCGGCCUCCAAACUCCCCAAAAUAAGGAACAGAGGAUGAGCGGGGGUGGCAACGUCAGCUGCCCAGCUGGAAACAAACGGCAGUCUACUGAGGCAAAACUGUGCGAAUUCCCUUCAUACCUGCUGGGCGGCAAGUCAGGAAGCUUCAAGAACUUUGUGAUUCCUAAAUUGAAACGAGACGGAAAAGAGAAAGACCCCCAACCGAGCAAAGCGGCAGACGCUUGGAGCGAACCGCUAGUAAGGCUGGAGAGAGUGUCGCUGGUGGAGAACCUAAACAAAGGAGCCAAGCCUGUUGUUGUGCUUCAGAAACUCAGCAUUGAUGAGGUGAAAAAGAUGAUGAAGGAAAGCAAGAAUGAACACAGCUCCAAAUUCAAGAACUGGUCCUCCUCUGACAAAUCAGCAAGAGAGAUGUCAAACAAGCGAAGGCACAGUAUGAUUAGUAAGAAAUCCAAAUAUGCGGAAUUGGACUCAGACGAUGAUGACGACAACUCUGGCGAUGAGUCUGCACGGAAAAAGCACAAGAAAGACCACGACAAGACCUGGAAGUGCGAGGAGAAGAAAGGUUCUGGAGGUCUUCAUAAUGCUCGCCGGGGGUCUGGUAGCCGCCAUCGUGAAUCUGAUGAAGACGCUCCGGCACCAAGCCUGAGUGAUGUCGCCAGAAAACUGAAGAAAAAGGAGAAACAUAAAAACAGGAAGCUGUACGAUUCCAAACUGACAACAGAUGAAAAGCUGGAGUCUUCCACAUAUAAGAGGUUUGCAGCCAGUGUGGAUAACAUACUUGAGAACCUUGAGGACGUAGACCUCACGGCCACAGAUGAUGACGAGAUACCUCAGGAGCUCCUACUUGGAAAGCAGCAGUUGAGUGAGCUAGGCAGUGAUUCUGCCAAGAUAAAAGCUAUGGGCAUCUUUAAAAAGUUUUCAUCUGAUAAACUGGUGAAAAUUUUGAAUAUCCUGGAGAAGAACAUUCAGGACAGCGUCACUCUUUCCACAUUAAUAAACCACGAUAAUGAUUCCAUGGAUGAGGAGCGAUUGUGGCGUGACCUUAUUAUGGAGCGGGUGACCAAAUCUGCCGAUGCCUGUUUGACUGCGCUCAACAUAAUGACAUCUCCACACAUGCCCAAAGCAGUCUACAUAGAGGACGUGAUUGAGAGGGUGCUGCAGUUCACCAAGUUCCACCUUCAAAACUCUGUGUACCCUCAGUACGACCCGGUCUACAGAGUGGAUCCCCACGGAGGUGGCAUCUACACUUCAAAGUCUAAGAAGGCCAAGGGCUCCACCCACAAACAGAAGGUGGUAGUCAUGCUCUACAACAAAGUGUGUGAUAUCAUCAGCAACAUGUCGGAGCUCCUCGAGAUCCAGCUUCUCACUGACACCACAAUUCUCCAGGUGUCCACCCUUGGUAUCACACCCUUUUUUGUGGAGAACGUCAGUGAACUGCAGUUAUGUGCCAUCACACUAGUGACAGCAGUGUUUUCUCGCUACGAAAAGCACAGGCAGCUCAUUCUUGAAGAGAUUUUUACCUCCUUGGCUAGACUGCCUACUAGUAAACGCAGCCUCAGGAACUUUAGGCUAAACAGCAGUGACUCAGAUGGAGAACCCGUGCACAUCCAGAUGGUUACGGCCCUCGUUCUUCAGCUCAUCCAGUGUGUGGUUCACCUUCCCUCUGAGAGAGAGACGGAGGAGGAGCACAAUAAGAAGGUGGAUAAAGAUGUCUUUAUUACAAACUCUUAUGAAACUGCCAUGAGGACAGCCCAGAACUUCCUGUCAGUCUUUCUCAAGAAGUGUGGCAGUAAACAGGGAGAGGAGGAUUACAGGCCUCUGUUUGAGAACUUUGUUCACGACCUGCUGUCCACAGUCAACAGACCAGAGUGGCCUGCAGCCGAACUGCUGCUCAGUUUGCUGGGCCGGCUCUUGGUGCACCAGUUCAGUAACAAGCAGACAGAAAUGGCACUCAGGGUGGCGUCGCUGGACUACCUUGGCACCGUUGCCUCUCGUCUGCGUAAAGAUGCUGUCACCAGCAAGAUGGACCAAAGGGCUAUCGACCGCAUUCUCAAAGAGACCUCAGGUGCUGAUGAGGUGCAGCAACUCCAGAAGGCUUUGCUAGACUACCUGGAGGAGAACAUUGAGACAGAUCCAUCUUUAGUGUUUGCCAGGAAGUUUUACAUCGCCCAGUGGUUCAGGGACACUACAAGUGAGGUAGAAAAAGCGAUGAAGUCCCAAACAGAUUAUGACGAGGACUCGAGAGAUCUGCAUCAUUCCAAGGAUAUUGAUUCGACCGGGGAGAUUAUGCAGAGGGCAGAGGCACGGAAGAAGUUCCUCCGCAAGGUCAUCAAGACGUCGCUAUCACAUUUGAGUUCUCUGAGGAUGAACUCUGACACAGUAGACUAUGAGGACUCCUGUCUGAUUGUCAGAUAUCUGGCCUCCAUGAGGCCAUUUGCACAGAGCUUUGAUAUUUAUUUAUCACAGAUUCUGAGAGUUUUGGGUGAGAGCGCCAUCGCAGUCAGAACUAAAGCCAUGAAGUGUCUGUCUGAGGUAGUGGCUGUGGAUCCGAGCAUUCUGGCACGGCUGGAUAUGCAGCGCGGGGUUCAUUGUCGCCUCAUGGACAACUCCACCAGUGUGCGAGAGGCAGCCGUGGAACUCGUCGGACGUUUUGUGCUAAGUCGACCCGAGCUCAUCGAGCAGUACUAUGACAUGCUCAUCGAGAGGAUAUUGGACACGGGUAUCAGUGUGAGAAAAAGGGUCAUUAAGAUCCUGAGGGACAUUUGUCUGGAGCAGCCAGACUUCCACAAGAUCACCGAGAUGUGUGUGAGGAUGAUCCGGAGGGUCAACGACGAAGAAGGGAUCAAGAAACUGGUGAAUGAGACGUUCCAGAAACUCUGGUUCUCCCCGACACCUGGUCACGACAAAGAUGCCAUGACGAGAAAGAUCCUAAACAUCACAGAUGUGGUGUUGGCAUGCAAAGAUACAGGCUACGACUGGUUUGAACAGCUUCUCCAAAAUCUGCUGAAGUCAGAAGAAAAUGCAUCAUACAAACCUGCCAGGAAGGCCUGUGUUCAGUUGGUGGACAAUCUAGUGGAACAUAUUAUAAAAUAUGAGGAGUCUCUUGCAAGCUGUGAGGACAAAGGCGUCAUCUCAGGUCGUCUGGUAGCGUGCAUCACCACCCUCUACCUAUUCAGCAAAAUUAGAGCACAGUUAAUGGUCAAACAUGCAAUGACUAUGCAGCCCUACCUGACCACCAAGUGCAAUACCCAGAAUGACUUCAUGGUGAUAUGCAACGUGGCCAAGAUCCUGGAGCUGGUCGUUCCUCUGAUGGAGCACCCAAGCGAGACUUUCCUCACCACCAUAGAAGAAGAUCUGAUGAAGCUUAUCAUCAAAUACGGCAUGACGGUUGUACAGCACUGCGUGAGUUGUCUUGGCGCUGUUGUGAACAAGGUUACACACAACUACAAGUUUGUUUGGGCUUGUUUUAACCGGUACUACGGAGCUCUGGCAAAACUCAAGACGCAGCAUCAAGAGGACCCCAACAGCUCCACUCUGGCUACUAACAAACCCACUCUCCUGCGCUCGCUGUUCACCGUGGGGGCUCUUUGUCGACACUUUGAUUUUGACCAAGAAGAUUUCAAGGGCGCCAACAAGAUUGUCAUAAAGGACAAAGUGUUGGAGCUUCUGCUGUACUUCACCACUCAUGAAGACGAGGAGGUGCAGAUCAAGGCCAUCAUAGGUCUAGGGUUCCAGUUCAUCAUGCACCCAGAGCUCAUGUUUGUGCAGGAAGUGAAGGUUCUGUAUAACAGCAUCCUGUCGGAUGAGCACAGUUUGGUCAACCUGAAGAUCCAGGUGCUCAAAAACAUGCAGACGUACCUGCAGGAGGAGGACUCUCGGAUGCAGGAGGCUGACCGUGAAUGGAAGAACCAAGCCAAGCAGGAGGAUCUGAAAGAAAUGGGUGACAUCUCAUCGGGCAUGAGCAGCUCCAUAAUGCAGAUUUACCUGAAGCAGGUGCUGGAGUCCUUCUUCCACUCGCAGUCCACCGUUCGCCACUUUGCCCUGAAUGUCAUCACGCUGACUCUCAGCCAGGGUCUCGUCCACCCUGUACAGUGUGUGCCCUACCUUAUCGCCAUGGGAACAGACCCCGAGCCAUCUAUGAAGAACAAGGCCGAUCAACAGCUGGUGGAGAUUGACAAGAAAUACUCAGGCUUCAUUCACAUGAAGGCCGUCGCAGGGCUGAAGAUGUCCUACCAGGUGCAACGGGCCAUAAAUGGAUCUAAAGGCGCGGUGAUCCGCGGCUUCCGUCGGGACGAUUCGGACGCGGCUCUCUGCUCUCAUCUCUACACCCUGGUCCGCGGCAACCGGCAACACAGACGAGCUUUCCUCAUUUCUCUGCUCAACCUGUUUGACGACAGCUCUAAAACAGAGGUGAACAUGCUGCUGUUCAUCGCCGACAACUUGGCCUGCUUCCCUUACCAGACCCAGGAGGAGCCUCUUUUCAUCAUGCACCACAUAGACAUAACUUUGUCCGUCUCUGGUAGCAACCUGCUCCAGACUUUCAAGGAGUGCUUACGGAAAGAGCCCAUAAGGCAUGAAAAGAAGAUGCAGACAAAAAAGAAGAAGAAAAAGAAGAAGAAGAAGCAUUCUCGGAAGAGGAAAGGCAGCUCGGACGAUGACGACGACGACGAGGAGGACGAGCAGAGCAGUAGCCAGUCCAGCAGCAGCGAUGACGACGACGAUGAGGAUGAGGACGAGGUGGUCCACAGGCGAAAGAAGUCUGCCGUUUCUGACUCGGACUCUGACGCAGAAGGUGAGGACGCGGUGAUGGACCGUCUGCCUGAAAACAGCGCUCCUCUGCUGGACUUCGCCAGCGCUUCCCAGGGAAUCCUGAUGUUGCUGGUGCUCAAACAACAUCUGAAGAAUCUGUACGGCUUCUCUGACAGCAAAAUCCAGAAGUAUUCGCCGACGGAGUCCGCCAAAGUAUACGACAAGGCAGUGAACAGGAAAUCUAAGGUGCACUUCAACCCAAGUCAGACACUGAAUUACCUGAAGAACGACCUGGCCAACACAGAGCUCAGCUACGAGAUCAAGAAGAAUAUUGUGAAGCAGUAUUUGGAUUUCAAGGUACUGAUGGAGCAUUUCGAUCGUGAGGAAGAGGAAGAGGAGGGCGAAGCAAACGCCAAUGCCAGAAACAAAGCUAUUAAUUCGCUGCUCAGGGUUCCGAAAUCCCGCAACCACAACCACAGUAAUCACGCCGCUCCAGAGGAAUCAGAUGAUGAGGACAGUGAUGAUGAAGAUCCCCCAGCACGAAAACCAAGGAAAGGAGGGGAUUCUGCCGAGGAUUCGGGUCACUUGAACGAGACGGUGGAUGUAAAGGAUAUCAUUGCCAUCUGCUGCCCCAAAUACAAAGACAGGCCACAGAUUGCCAGGGUCAUCCAGAAGACCAAGAAUGGCUACAGUAUACACUGGAUGACCGGAACUUACUCUGGACCCUGGGUCGUGGCAAAGAAACGGGACGGUCGCAAAAAGGUGCCUUGGGUCGACAACAUCAAGGAGUCAGACAUUAUUUACAAGAAAAUCUCCUUGACAAGCGGACAAAAGCUCUCAAACAAAGUGGCACAGACGUUACGGGCGCUAUAUGCUGCUAAGGAGGGAACUAAGUGUUAAUCAGCUGAAAUUACUCAGACAACACCCCUCACAGUCCAAAUCUGCAGAUCAAAUAUGUUACAUACAGAGACAGAAGUGAAGCCUCUUUAGAUUUAAGGCCCUGGUGGAGGAAAAGUAUUGUGAACACUGUUUAAGACAUGUUUAAGUUAAACACAAGAAAAACACAAGAAGGAAAUGUUUGGGAAAACAUUGUGUGGGAGAUCCUUCGCUGUUGUGCAGCAACUUGGUUGUUUGAUUUCUUUUCCCUCCCACUGUAUCAUAGUUUAACUAAAAACAUGUUUAUAUCUGAACAUAAUUCUGUAAAAACAAAAAAAAUACAGUGAAUGUUGGAAAUUAGUGUAUUGAUGCUGUUCUUAAUAAAGUGUUUUUGGAAUUUAAACUAGCACCAGAUGGAUUUAUUCACUUGACCUGAGCUCCGACAACUUUUAACGUUUUUUUUUUUUUUUCUUUUCUUCUUUUCUUGUUUUAAACAUUUUGUUGUCUACCCUCACUGUGUAAUGGACGAUCUUUGAUAUAAUUUAUUUAUGUUCAAAGCAGUGCAGUAUCUGUGCCUACAUUGUUUUUAAUAUAGAUUUUGAUGUUAUAGAGCACAGAGCAACAAAAAAAGUGACCCCUCGAUCUUCUUGUAGAACAAAUACUGCAAUAAAUUUUUCUUACGUCUUU